AUGAUACAUAGUCCGGUUGCCUUCUGUUUGCUUCUUCGCAUUUUAGCCGAUGGUGGCGACACGAUGCCCGCACAGCUUCUUGGCGCAUUCCUCCUUUCCUUGUCGCUCACGGGCGGUAUGGUGGAGCCUGUAGCGGCAGAACAUCAAAGCAAUGGGGUGUAUGUAGUCACAAGUGAGCACAUGGGCGACGAUGUCAAGCAGGCAGCGAGAGAGGGACAAGGAAGAACACCCGAGGUUCCUGAUGAGGGAGGAAGAAGUGUACUCCCGAGCAAUGAGGCCGUGGCUCUCCACGGCGAGAACGGCGCAGGGUCGAAGAAUGGUGAAAAGGGAGGGGAUGCAUUUGCGGCAACCAGUCCACAAGCCGAAGCAUUUCGUGGCCCAGAAUGGACCGGACACUCUCCGGGGCGACAAACAGCUGAAGAGGCACCCGCUGACUCGCAACGCGGCUUUGACCGUAACUGGCCAGAGGGACAACAACCGGACACGUCAUCGGUGCCGCACGUAACGACCCAGUUCGAUCACACAUCUCAAGCAGUUGAUUCUGAUCAAGGACAAAAAUCUGAAGCGGAUCCUGCAGCGUCAAAUCACGAUCAGGACUCAGUUUCGUCCCCACGAACGAACGAGCCAAUCCAGCACAGCACUGAUUUCCCGGACAGUGAUGGUCUAUCUCCGUUGGACCCGGACUACGGAGAAGGGUACCGUGGAGACUAUGGGGAUUUCUCCAAAGAGAGUGUUGGCUCAUCUGCGUUCUCGGGGCAGAAUGACGACUACGUUGACUCGUCAGAUGGUGGGAUUUCAAAUGCAUGGCUAAGGCAUAUGGUGCGGCUCAUGCCAGCAGAAAAAUACUGUGCUCUAAAGGCUGCACCACCUAGCGUUCUUUAUACGCCUCCCGGCCUGCGUCCGGAGGACCUUGAGGCUCUCGAUAUUUUCGCCGUCAGGGACGAAGGUUAUUUUAGGUUGCAACGUGGACCCAAAGGCAGACUGGUCUGCCCAACAAGACGCCGCGGCCAGCGCGUUCUUUUCCGCAGCUUGCGACUGGAAAAUGGAGAACUUGUGGGGGACAUGGUGUUUUUCGAUCCCCGUAUCUAUCGCGCGAUGAUACGAGAAGUGCCUCCCGAUGGCGCAGCCGAUAAGAGACGAUCCCAACCAGACGUGAGAGGAGCCAGCACCGAAGGUUCUAAAUCUCAGCAGUCUGACAAGGAGACGAGCUGGCGGUCACAGUUCUUAUGCAAGUUGUUCAAGCGGUUAUGCCGCACACAGACGCAGCCCACAAAUGAACAGGACGAAGAAGGUGAUGACCAGAAGCCGCACAAGAGGCAGCGACGGCUCAUCGUUGCUGCGGGGGUUCCUUUGCGAGAGGUUCACGGCAUCAAGCCCCUCGAAAUUUUCGACUGGAAAGUGAAAGAACUGCUUCAUCGGCUGGAGCGGGAGAGCGUGGAGGAUCACAACACUGCCGAAGGGUCGUCGCCGUAUUCUCCCGACGCAGCACAGGCAACAGACAACGCACCGGAGUUUCCGCGUGCCGUUGGGAUAGGUGCAGGGGUUGAACAUGGAGCAAACGUAGGUGAUCCGCACGUGGGCAAUGACGCAGAGAGGCCCCAGCAUCUUCUUGCUACGCAGAGUGCCUCACCUGUCGGUUCGCAAGCUGCCUCGGACGAUGCAGUUGCGCCCAUGGUGUCGGGGAAGGCCGCGCUUCGGCGCCUUAGCGAACAUCCUUACGUUGGCAACGAUGCGUACAUGGCAGAUGCAGAGGGAAGUGCAUCUGACGGGGGCGUGGUGCCUGAAGAUGACUGGGGGGAAGCGGAUUAUGACGACGAACCGGAAAUUUACAUCCCCGACUUCCUUUUCAGCUUCCCCACGAACAACUCACACGUUGACGAUGAGCCAAACACUCUGGAAAAGGAAACUACGUCAGUUGAUCUGAAGGUCACGGUUCUUUGCCUAGAGGAUGGCGCGCCUCCUAUUUUGGUAAAGGAGUGGCCAAGCUUCCUAAAUGUAGUUAAGCCAAGGAAAGGUGUACCGCAGAAGCCACGAACUCCCAGAAAAUCUUCAGUCGUCUGGGGAAGUUCCGUCUUGGGCGCGCUUGCCGCUGGCGUCUAUGCAAUGAAGAGAAUUGUCAACCCUGCCGCCCUCAGGUUUGAUUCUCGGGAUGAACGCGUGCAGUCGGUUUCUUUGCUGGGUUUGCUGAGUGCCUUCGUCGCUGGAACGGCAGCUCUUGCUGGCGCGACUGCGUGGAAAGCGAGGACUGCGAUUCAUAGCAGCCACCUUAGACAUAAUCUCCGGGAGGAGCUUUUCGAGGAGGACGCACGUGGAGAUGCAAGUGACGGAAGGCCGUUACGGAAAGACUUCAUCUUCUACUACGACCACCAUUUCAGUCAGUUAUAUAAUCCAUGA